UUGCGUUUCUCUGUCAUACCCAUUCCUCUCUGUUUCUUUCCCUCAUCCCAAAGGAAAUUUCCCAAACACGGCCUCUCAGCUAAAGCUUCUUCACGUAUUUUUCUAAAAUUCUGCCCUAAUUUCACUCCCAAAACGCCUUUGAAUUCAUUCAAUUCAAUCUCCUCCUCCUCCUCCUCAACAUGCAAGUUACCUAAACCCCCUUCCCUACAGAAUCUCUCAAACUCCUCUUUCUGAAUUAGGGUUUACCUGUCUUGCUUUUACAUUAGCCCCAACUCCAACCCCCCUUCCUCAAUCACUCACAUUUUUUCUUUUUUGGGGUUUAUUCGCUUCUGUAAUGACUGUCGCCUCCUCCAAUGGCCCGCGCUUCCUCCUCACCCACCUUCCAUUUCUUCCUUCUUAGCUUCCUCACUCUCUGCGCCAUCAACGCUUGCCUCUCCGAAGGUUCGGAUGAUGCUUUCUCGAUCAUCGGGUACGACUUUGACGCAUUUCAGGGCGAUUACACGCCGCCGUCGCCGCCGGCUCCUCCUCCACCACCUCACCCUCCGUCGCUCACGUGCGAGGACGAUCUUUACGGGAUUGGGUCCCUCAACACCUCGUGCGUACUCAACUCUAGCUUAAUUUUUGUAGAUGAUGUAUAUAUAGAAGGAAAUGGAAGCUUAUAUAUACUUCCUGGUGUGAGUUUGAGCUGUACGGCAUUGGGUUGCUCAAUUACGGUUAACUUGAGCGGGGAAUUUUGUUUGGGUAGUAAUUCGGCUAUAGUUGCCGGGUCGGUGAGGGUGAAUGCUUGGAAUGCGAGUUUGUUUGAGGGGUCAAAGAUCAAUGUGACUGCGUUGGCGGGUGCACCCCCGCAGACUAGUGGCAGCCCCGAUGGGGUUGAGGGUGCAGGCGGAGGGCAUGGUGGGAGGGGUGCUAGCUGUGUUUCCGAUAACAAGAAGCUCCCGGAAGAUAUCUGGGGCGGGGACGCCUACUCGUGGUCGUCUUUGGAUGUGCCCGGGAGUUAUGGAAGCAGGGGUGGGACAACUGUUAAAGAAGUGAAUUAUGGUGGGGAAGGAGGUGGGAGGAUUUGGAUUGAGGUGAAUACUACACUUCAGGUUAGCGGGAAUCUAUUCGCGGAUGGGGGCGAUGGCGGUGUUAAGGGUGGAGGAGGCUCUGGUGGCAGCAUUUUCGUUAACGCUCAAAGAAUGAUUGGAAAUGGCAGGAUAAGCGCCACUGGUGGAAAUGGUUUUGCUGGAGGUGGGGGUGGAAGAGUCUCCAUCCAUGUUUUCAGCAGGCAUGAUGAUACACAAAUCUUUGUUCAUGGAGGGAGUAGUUUAGGCUGUCCUGAAAACUCAGGUGCUGCUGGGACAUAUUAUGAUGCUGUGCCUCGGAUUCUUCUUGUGAGCAAUCACAAUAGGUCCACGACGACGGACACACUUCUGUUAGAGUUUCCUAAACAGCCACUUUGGACAAAUGUUUACAUUGAAAAUCAUGCUAAGGCCUUGGUUCCUUUGUUCUGGAGUCGUGUACAGGUUCGAGGGCAAAUUCACUUAACGUGUGGUGCAGUUUUGACCUUUGGGCUUGCACAUGUUGCUACAUCAGAAUUUGAGUUAAUGGCAGAAGAGCUUUUAAUGAGUGACUCAGUUGUAAAGAUAUAUGGGGCUCUACGAAUGUCUGUCAAGAUGCAUCUGAUGUUGAAUUCCAAAAUGCUUAUUGAUGGUGGUGUUGAUUCACUUGUGGCAACGUCUUUGCUUGAGGCCAGCAAUUUAGUAGUUCUCAAGGGAUCCUCUGUGAUACAUUCUAAUGCAAAUUUGGGAGUUCAUGGACAAGGUUAUUUGAAUUUGUCUGGACCAGGAAAUCUGAUUGAAGCACAACGGCUGAUUCUAUCAUUAUUUUAUAGUGUCAAUGUUGGACCUGGAUCUGUUCUGCAAGGUCCCUUGGACAAUGGCAGUUUUAACGAUAUGACGCCACAGCUCUACUGUGAACUCCCAGAUUGCCCUGGGGAACUACUUCAUCCACCCGAAGACUGUAAUGUGAACUCUACGUUGCCCUUCACUCUUCAGAUCUGUAGGGUUGAAGAUAUUAUUCUUGAAGGCAUUAUAAGAGGAUCUGUUGUUCAUUUUCACUGGGUCAGAACUGUGGUUGUCCAAUCUUCUGGAGCAAUUAGUGCAUCUGGGCUGGGCUGUACUGGUGGCGUGGGUAAAGGAAGAAUUUUUGAAAACGGUCUAGGUGGCGGUGGUGGACAUGGUGGCAAAGGUGGUGAUGGAUAUUAUAAUGGCAGUUUCAUUGAUGGUGGUGGUGCAUAUGGAGAUGCUGAUUUACCUUGUGAGCUUGGUAGUGGCAGUGGAAAUGAUAGCCUUGCUGGUGCAACUACAGGUGGUGGUAUAAUUGUGAUGGGUUCGAUAGAGCACUCAUUAUCAAGUUUGUAUCUCAAUGGUUCACUUAGAGCCGAUGGAGAAAGCUGUGGAGAUGCUGGAAAGCAAGGUAGUAGGAGCAUCGGACCUGGUGGUGGAUCCGGUGGAACUGUUCUUUUGUUUGUUCAUUCCUUGGCACUAGGUGAUUCUUCUAUUAUAUCAACUGUCGGAGGGCAUGGUAGUCACAAUGGUGGAGGUGGUGGUGGUGGUGGAAGAGUUCACUUUCAUUGGUCAGAUAUACCAGUCGGGGAUGCAUAUCUACCCAUAGCAAGUGUGAAGGGAACUAUUUAUACUGUGGGAGGAUUUGGUAGAGGUCACGGCCGUGCUGGGGAAAACGGGACUGUCACUGGGAAGGCCUGCCCCAAAGGGCUUCAUGGCAUCUUCUGUGAGGAAUGCCCUGUUGGCACAUAUAAGAAUGUCAGUGGGUCUGAUAGAGCCCUAUGUCAUGAGUGCCCAUCGAAUGAGCUUCCACAUCGUGCCAGAUAUCUUACCGUUCGAGGUGGUGUUACUGAGGCUCCUUGUCCAUACAAGUGCAUAUCUGACAGAUUUCACAUGCCACAUUGUUAUACAGCACUUGAAGAGCUGAUAUACACUUUUGGUGGACCAUGGUUAUUUGGUCUUAUUCUCUUGGGUAUCCUAAUUCUUUUGGCUCUAGUGCUUAGUGUUGCACGAAUGAAAUAUGUUGGUGGAGAUGAAUUACCAGCCCUUGUUCCUGCUCAACCUGUCUCUCGAAUAGAUCACUCCUUCCCUUUCCUAGAGUCAUUAAAUGAGGUUUUGGAAACAAAUAGAACAGAGGAAUCUCAGACUCAUGUGCAUAGAAUGUACUUCAUGGGACCAAAUACUUUCAAGGAACCUUGGCAUCUACCUCACUCCCCUCCUGAACAAGUAGAAGACAUUGUUUACGAGGAUGCAUUCAAUAGAUUUGUGGAUGGGAUUAAUGGUUUAGCUGCUUAUCAGUGGUGGGAAGGAUCAGUUUACAGCAUUCUCUCUCUGCUUGCUUAUCCGCUUGCAUGGUCAUGGCUACAGCGGUGUCGAAAGAAGAAAUUACAGCAACUGCGUGACUUUGUUCGAUCAGAAUAUGAUCAUUCUUGCCUGCGUUCUUGCCGUUCACGUGCUCUAUAUGAAGGGCUAAAGGUAGCUGCAACUUCUGAUCUGAUGCUUGCUUAUGUGGACUUUUUCCUUGGUGGGGAUGAAAAGAGAUCUGAUCUUCCUCCUCGUCUUCAUCAAAGAUUUCCCAUGUCUCUAGUUUUUGGAGGAGAUGGAAGUUACAUGGCUCCUUUUUGCCUACAAAGUGAUAAUAUUCUUACUUGCCUUAUGAGUCAGUCUAUUCCACCUACCAUAUGGUAUCGACUUGUGGCGGGUCUAAAUGCUCAAUUACGCUUAGUUCGCCGUGGGCACCUGAAGAUAUCUUUUGGUCAUGUUAUAAGCUGGCUUGAAACCCAUGCAAACCCUACUUUAAGUACAUAUGGUGUACGUGUUGAUCUAGCUUGGUUUCAGCCUACAGCUUCUGGAUAUUGCCACUUUGGACUUCUCACAUGUGCUAUUGAAAAUGAAAGUGCGCAGCCAUCAAUUGGUAGUCAAGAUAUAUCAUUGCUACCGGAGCAACAGUCAUGUUUGCACAGAAUUCAUAGGGAAAGUCCACAAGACCAUUUGAGAGUUUGUGAGCAUUCAGUGACGUGCAGGAGGAAUUUUGGAGGGAUUCUGCAUGGCAAGAGCUUACGGAUGCUUAAACAGAACAAGGCUAUAUGUUAUCCCUUCUCUUUCGUAGUUUAUAAUACCAAACCUGUUGGCCAUCAGGAUCUUGUUGGUUUGUUCAUCUCUAUACUACUCCUAGGUGAUUUUAGUUUAGUCCUGCUUACUUUACUACAGAUGUACUCUAUUUCGCUGUUGGACUUCCUUUUAGUUCUGUUUGUCCUUCCUCUUGGUGUAUUGUUUCCGUUCCCAGCCGGAAUCAGUGCUUUGUUUAGUCAUGGACCUAGGCGCUCAGCAGGUCUUGCCCGUGUAUAUGCUUUGUGGAAUAUCACAUCCUUGAUCAAUGUUGUGGUUGCCUUCAUUUGCGGUAUACUUCAUUAUACUACCCACUCAAGUAAAAAGCAUCUAAACUUUCAGUCCUGGAAUUUUAGCGUGGAUGAAAGUGAAUGGUGGAUGCUUCCAUGUGGAUUAGUGCUGUGUAAAAUUAUCCAAGCACGACUCAUUGAUUGCCACGUGGCUAACCAGGAAAUUCAAGACUUCUCAUUGUAUAGCAGUGACCCGGAGGUGUUCUGGCAGUCAUGAGGAAUUGGUUGUACAGGCCCAAGUUAUAUACAUCUGCCCCCUUUUUUUGUGGCCCUAAUCAAUUUUUUUUUUUCCUUUACAUGAAGCAUGAGAUAGCAUCAGGUAAAGUGGCACGUAGGAAUUAUAUAUGUUGAGAGGACAGGUAAGGUAAUUAAGUGGUGUAUACGAGAGACUAGAGAGAGAGAGAGAGAGAGAGAGAGAGCGAGAGAGAGUGAUAGAGUAACAUCAGAUCCUUUUAGCCCUUGUCAAUGUUUAGAAGUUGUGUCCAAUAUAUUGAAAUUGGGAUGUGUCUAUUGGCUACUGAACCUACUGAACUUCUGCAGUUUGCAAGGUUCAUUGUCAAUAUUCAGUCUACCAUAUUCUCUC